CAAUGUGCCCCAGGGAGGACCUGUCUGCUCUGGCAGUCCCACACCAAGUCCCUGGUGUGCCAGGACAGCCCAACCUGCACGCUCCAGCCUCAGAGGAGUGGGGAAACCCUACUUUUCACCAGCAACUUCCACCUCUCCGGGAGACCUGGUAUGGCAGAGCCUCUACAGGCCCCCUUUCUUUCAACCCUGUGCUGGAAAAGGGAGAAAUCAGCAUCAUUAAACAGCACCCACCACGAAGACCUCAAAGGCUUGAACCUGCUGGCCCUCCACAAGCAAUCACUCCUGCAAAGCCCUGGAAUCAGCAAGCAGGGGCUGCAAGCCCAAAGAUGAAGGCUGUGGAGAUGAGGGGGCAAAGCCUGAGAUACCUCCCUGGCAGGAGGCAGCACUUGCACAAGCUGCAGAUGCUGGACUUGACCCGCAGGCGCCGGGAGGCAGAGCUGAAGAGAAAUCUCCAUAGGGAGGCAAAAAUCAAUAUAGAAAAAAUCAAGGAAUUCAGCCCAAAGAACGGCCUUGACACUCUCCAGAAAGGCAACAGCCCUGAAAGCCAAGACCUCAUCCCUGCUGAGCAGAAUCAGAGUUUUCAUGGAGACAACCAUGGGAUGGAAGACUCUCCAGGCACCAACGAUGAGGCUGAACUCUCUCCAGGCAGGAGCAGCAAGGUUGAUCUGUGGUUUCAGGAGCCAAGGACCAAGGGAUCUGUUUGGGACACCUCCAGCACAGACUCUGAGGAGUGGGAAAAGGAGAAGAAGAUUUAUCACAAACAUCCACUUGUGAGGACCAAGACAGAGAGAGUUUCUCUCUUCAAUGACUUCUUGGAUAGGGAUUUCUAG